CGAAGAGCGACGGUUCCAGGCCUAUAACGAUGAGGCUUCUUUACUCCACCGGUUGCUGGUGCACUUUUGCGAGCAGCUUUGGUGGCAAGUUGUUUUCUAGGAGCCUUUCCUCCUGUUGACUUGCGAGCGGUUUGCUUGAUUCUCGAGAAAGCUAGGCUUUUCUGAUUGGUCGAAAUUUUAUGGUAGGGCUCACGUUAAGGGUGGCUGAGAUUCGUUUGGAAGGCAGUGCGGUAGUGGGGGGACUCCACAGUUCUGAGGGUAUAAAUUAGAGUAAAGUCCGCACCAAAUUCAUUAGUUUUCGGCGUUCUACGAAAGUGUGAACUAAGUUACUGUUGGAAUAAUCAUGACUGGUCGAGGAAAAGGAGGAAAAGGUUUGGGAAAAGGUGGUGCCAAGCGUCAUCGCAAAGUUUUGCGUGACAACAUCCAGGGUAUCACCAAGCCUGCUAUCCGUCGUCUAGCUCGUCGUGGUGGAGUCAAACGCAUCUCUGGGUUAAUCUACGAAGAAACUCGUGGUGUUCUCAAAGUGUUUCUUGAGAACGUCAUCCGUGAUGCUGUCACCUACACUGAACAUGCUAAGAGGAAGACUGUGACCGCCAUGGAUGUCGUCUACGCUCUUAAACGUCAAGGCCGUACUCUUUAUGGUUUCGGCGGUUAAAUUUUUCAUCGUCAUUUAAAGCAAAUCGGCCCUUUUCAGGGCCACCAAUGAUUUUAAACGUUGAAUAUCCUAUUAACUAGACAUUACCAAAUAAAAAAAUUCUAUAAAAUUGUCAUGAAAAUAUACAUAAAAAUGAAAAUAUUUUGAAUAUACUAUUUUAUGGUCAAAAAACGACACAAUAAAAAUGUAAUUAACAGGUUAUGGGAAAGCCUCGAAAUCAAUAAAAUUUGAAAUGUUUACCCUCAUCGAUAGAUAAACAUUUAAGAAGUAAUCCGACAGUCUCAGAAAUUAUUUAUUAAAAACCACGAAAAUUAUGUUUACGGUAGAUUUGGGAACGUUGUACUGCGAUAACAAAAUGACAUGGCGUCGAUAAGCAGCGAGUUUAAAUAAUUUGUGCUCCAUAAUAUCAACUUAUUUUUUUAAAUAAAUUAUAGGUAAUGUAUUAAGAUUAAAAAAAAUAAAUAUUGUUAA